AGGCAUUAUCAUUCAGCUCCCAAUGGCCACUUCUCAAGAAUGGCUGACGUCAACUCUGAUGAUUCUGUCGAUCCUCGUUGCUCUCUGCUCCACCAACAUUCACGCAGAAAUCAACGCAGGUCAUGGCCGUGUGCUCCUCUCCUCAGAGAACACGACAAACACCACGACAAACGAAACGACAGCCGCUGCAACAAACGCCGCGAAUGAAACCACCUCCACGACCCCGACGGUGACUACUAGUACUACAGCAGCACCAACCACCUCGACUACUAGUGCCCCUACUACCACCUCUUCUACGACAGCUGCUCCAACAACCGUAAUCACCACCACCACCACCACCACCCCUGCAGCGCAACCUGGUGGAAACACUCAGGGUACUACCACUACAACAACGCCUACAGCUUCAUCCUCGACUUUCGACGUCGGCGUUGCGACCAACGGGUCGUAUACUGUUUCCCUAACCUCGCCAAGCGAUGGUGCAUCAUUUUUGCUUUCUUCCGCAGCGAAAGAACAAUUGGGUCUCAAGGCAACUCAGUUGUGCGGCGUUGUCUUUCCAAAGGGUGCAUGGCCGUCCUCUCUUUCAGGUACCCAAGUGCAGAUCGCUUUAGUGCUCAAAACCGGUGAGAUUGUGUCUUCCAAUGCUUUGGAUGGAAACAAGGUGAGUGGACCAAUCCUGAGCUUUCGCACAUCGAAUACAACCACCACUUUUCUUGCGCCAGUGUUGCUCUAUAUUCCGGUGGACAUUGCUCAGAUCAAUCCAGACUACGAUUAUUUUGUUUACGUCUAUAACAACGUGUCAAAGAAAUGGGACCAGAAAGAAACUGAUGCGAAGAAUUUGUCAUUAGGAUUCGUACAAGGAUCGACUUCGUCCUUUUCUCUGUACACGGUGAUGCAGGUGUCAAAACCCGCCAAGUGCGGAACUGGAUGCAUCAUCGGAGCUGUCGUUGGUUCUGUCGUCGGAGCUCUGUUGCUGGUGGUGGGAACAGUCUUCACAUACAAGAAAUGUCAAGAAGGCGACCCGGAUCUUGGCACUGGCCGCAGCGAAGCGAGCCAUGGCGGGAGUGUGUGAGUCGACUGAUGGAGAAGGCGUGUUCGGGGAAUGUGAAAUAGUUACAAGAACGAAGAAAAGUUGCUUAUGCUGUG